UUGAAUCGAUUGCAAUUAAAUUUAGAAUAAGCCAAUGAAUACUCUGCACGUCGGGAGCAACGUGGUGAGCCCGGAGCUAAUGUUUUGUUUCGAAACCAGGCAGCAGACGAUUUUGAAGUGUCAAUAUCCAAAAAUUAUAAAAACAAUAUUAUAAAUUUUAUUGCAAAAUCGAUUCUCUUAAAAUAAUUUUAUAAACUUUUAUAUAUCUAUUUUAAAUAUGGCUUUUGAUGUGAGAAGAUUUGACAUUUAUCGAAAAAUUCCAAAAGAUUUGACUCAGCCGACAUUGACUGGAGCAAUUAUUUCUGUUUGCUGUUGCUGUUUUAUACUCAUUUUAUUUCUUUCUGAGUUUUUACAUUUUAUGAAUGUUAGCGUAAUUAGUGAACUUUUUGUUGAUAACCCUGGUGAUAAUGAUCGGAUUUUAGUUCAUUUGAAUGUAACCCUUCCGAAUCUGCAGUGUUCUGUGAUUGGUUUAGACAUCCAAGACGAAAUGGGUCGCCAUGAGGUAGGGUUUGUUGAAAACACUGAAAAAGUACCUGUUGGCCCUGAUAAUAAAGGCUGUAGAUUCGAAGGAAGUUUUUAUAUAAAUAAGGUUCCAGGAAAUUUUCAUGUAUCUACCCACUCAGCAUCGUCUCAACCUGAUGCUAUUGAUAUGCGUCAUAUCAUACAUGAGUGUAGUUUUGGCACCAAAGUGGCUGGAAAAAUAAAAGGCAGUUUUAAUCCAUUGAAAGAAAUUGACCGAAGCGGUGCUAGAGAUGACGGAAGUACUUUAUUUGCUGACAUUGAAUCUCAUGACUAUGUGAUGAAAAUUGUACCCACCAUUUACGAAAGUUUGAAUGGCCUUAAAGUUGAAACUUAUCAAUACACAUAUGCCUAUAAGAGUUCUGUCACUUUCAGCCAUUCUGGUAGAAUUAUGCCUGCCAUAUGGUUUCGCUACGAUUUGACACCUAUCACUGUUAAAUAUACAGAAACACGACCACCUUUGUAUAGUUUCUUAACAACGGUUUGUGCAAUAGUAGGAGGUACUUUUACUGUAGCUGGUCUUAUUGAUUCUCUGAUAUUUUCUGCAUCAGAAGUAUUCAAAAAGUUUGAAAUUGGAAAACUAAGUUAAUUGAUGACUAAAAAUAGCUUUAUUAAUUUUUUUACGCAAUUUUGAAUCUCAGUGACUUCAAGCAGGCCUUUGAAGAAUUCAGAGAUUUCAAAAAUCUUCCAGUAUUCUUCCAAGAUGUAUAAAUUAUUUUGUAUGACAUUUGUGAAGGUGAUUGAUGCUUGUUAAAUUGAAACAUGAUAUAUUUUUGAGAUUGUAUUCUUUGUUACUUUGUUUUGUUGUAGUUUAGGUAUUUUUAAAGACAUGUUUAUGUUAACUGUUAUACUUUAAAUAUUUUUUUUUUAAAAUUUUGACUCAUAUUCAUUAGACACUGUUAUGUUCAUGUUAGCUGUGGUUGUGAUUGUGAUUUUCUACCAACCUUUUAUUAUUAUUUUUUUUUAAUGUAACAUGAUUUGCAUGUAACAUGUAUAUUACAUGAUUUGCAACCAACCUUUUUUUUUCCUUCUCUGAAUGUAAUAUAUUCAGGGUAUCUGCGCAGCUGGAAAGUCAUGAGAAAUAAAAGAAAGUCAUGAAUUUUGGUAUUGAACAAAGUUUGUCAUGGAAUGUCAUGAUUUUAACUAUUUUUUUAAAAAAUCAUAGAAAGUCAUGUAUUUAUGUUGCUGAAAAAUCAAAUUUUUAAAAUGGAAUUUACCCUCCCUCCCAAUUUCACGAUGCUCCAAAUAUCUGCUAUUUAAAAAUUAUGGUGUUCUUUCAAAAAAUGAAAGAGAAACAUCAUUUCUAGAGCGAAUUAUCUUAUAAACUUCUGUGAUUUCAGAAUUUUUGUUAU